CCGGAACUAAUUAUUCGUCUUUUUCCAAGAUGGCGUCGAUGAGGGACAGCGACACCGGCCUGUGGCUUCACAACAAACUGGGCUCGACGGACGAGCUGUGGACCCCUUCGAGCAUUGGCUCUCUGCUCACUGUGUCGGUUAUCGACAACAUCAGAUUGUGUUUCUCCAAUUUAUCUCCUCCGGUGAAGCUGAAGCUGCUGCUCGGCAUGCUGCAUCUCCCGCGCAGGACUGUGGACGAGAUGAAGGAUGCGCUGUCAGAAAUCAUCCAGUUGGCCACCGUGGACUCGGAGCCCUGGGUGCUGAUGGUGGCUGAUAUCCUGAAGUCAUUCCCUGAGACGGGUUCUCUCAAUCUGGACCUGGAGGAGCAGAACCCCAAUGUGCAGGACAUCCUGGGAGAACUGAGAGAAAAAGUGAGUGAGUGCGAGGCGUCGGCCAUGUUGCCUCUCGAGUGUCAGUAUCUGAACAAGAGCGCUCUGACGACGCUGGUGGGGCCCCUCACACCUCCCAUCAAACACUUCCAGCUCAAGAGAAAACCCAAGAGUGCCACACUGAGAGCUGAGCUCCUCCAGAAGUCCACAGAAACUGCACAGCAGCUGAAGAAAACUGCAGGAGUGCCUUUCCACGCUAAAGGACGAGGUCUCGUCAAGAAGAUCGACACUACGACACCACUGAAGGGGAUCCCCAAAGCUCCGUUCCGCAGCCCCACUGCACCCAGCAUGUUCCCUUCCAGUAACAGGACGCCCAUCACACCAGCUCGCACGCCGCUGCGCAAAGAGAGAGGGGUCAAGUUAUUAGACAUCUCGGAGUUGGACAUGGUCGGAGCAGGCAGAGAAGCGAAGAGGAGGAGAAAGACACUGGAUAAUGAAGCAGGAGAGAAGGCGGCCAAAGAAGAGGCAGUGGUGGAGAACGCGACCCCCGACUACGCUGCUGGCCUGGUGUCUGCACAGAAACUGGGGGCACUGAACAACGAGAGCGCGCUACCAUCGACCAGCUACCUCCCAGCCACGCCCAGCAUGGUGCCCUCCUCCUCUUACAUUCCCAGCUCAGAGACGCAGCAGGCCAACACGGGUGCUACGAACCGGCAGCCAGAGGACUCGACGGCGAGCGGCGCCGCAGCCUCCACGCUUCCGGGUCAGUUUAAGCAGAGAGCGCCCAUGUACAACGCCAGCACGGCCAGUCCCACAGCCCCCACCUCACCCACCACGCCCACUAGCACACCCCACAACAACGCGCCGCCCGCCGCCGCCACCGCAACACAACCGGACACGGCCACAGCCCCAUCCACCGCCGCAGCUCAGGCCACGCCCACGCCUGCCCCCCAGCAACCACAGCCCAAAAAGAAUCUGUCACUCACGAGAGAACAGAUGUACGCAGCGCAGGAAAUGUUUAAGACUGCAAACAAAGUCACCCGACCUGAGAAAGCUCUCAUCCUGGGCUUCAUGGCAGGAUCAAGAGAGAACCCGUGUCCGGAGCAGGGUGACAUCAUCCAGAUCAAGCUGAGCGAGCACACAGAGGUUCUCCCGAAAGCGGACGGUACGGGCAGCACCACCAUGCUGGUGGACACGGUGUUUGAGAUGAACUACUCCACAGGCCAGUGGACCCGCCUCAAAAAAUACAAACCUAUCACCAGUGCAUCCUGAGGAACUGGAAAAACCCACACAGUGUGCAUUUACACACACGCAUCCAUCACAUUGCCUUUUGAAGAAGGCAGUGCACGCAGACAUCAUACAUUUGCUGUCUCUCUCUCUGUCUCACACACACACACACACACACACAGUAUCUGGGCCAAAAUGACAGACUAAGCAACUGUCUUAAUGGUAAAGAGGUGUUUUAAGAGGAGGUGAGGUGGACUUCUUGUUUUGCUAAGCUCACAUCAUGUCCGUGUUCCUGUAUUGCCAAAAGUCAGGGACCUACUUUGUGUUUUUCUUUUUGUUUUGUGGUUUGUAAAACGUUCCGAUUGUUGGAAGAUGGCUUGGAAUAGAGGUGGGGUUGUUGCUCUGGGACACUUUUAGCUUCUUUGAUUGACAUCCGUGUGUUUGGCCUUACACACCGUUACAAGUUCCAAAGGACAAAAACGUGCCCGUUUGUUUCAGUGUGAGAAUGUAAGAAAAUAAUUACAUUUGCAAAAAAUAAUAAAUAAAAUGUAGGUUGUUUGCUGGUUAGGUUUUUUUGGGAAGUUCUGGAGGAUUCCCACCCCCCACCCUACAAGUCAUCCAGAAGAAGGAACAAAAUAAAUCGAUCCGUGUUUGGACAA